AUGACUUCGAUCGGACAUGCAGAACGCAACUGGUCUCCAAAUUACAGCCGUCACAUGGAUGAGAAUCAUUCGAAUGGUGUAACGAACGAAGACAUGGCCAUCAAUCUACUGCAAACCCAGCUGGAACUGUCUGUUAUACGAGAGGAAUUCCAAGACCAGUUGCGUGAGCUCCGUCGGAUAGUUGAUCGAGACUUGGAUGCCAUGAACCGUGAGGUCGAUGACGUUCGUGCUGGUCAGUUGGAUAUCUCAAAUGUUGUUGUUGAUCUUAAAAAUCAUUCCGUUUCUCUGCACGGAGCAUAUGUGAAGACGGUCUCCAAGUACAACAAACGUAACAAGCUGAUGUAUUGUGUUGGGAUUGUUGGUGUUGUUUCUACGUCUGUGGUGACGUAUUUGGUGUUUAAGUAA